AUGUCUCAAAACAACACGGAAAACGGCAAUCAUUACCGGGAAUUAAACGAUCAUUACGCUGAAGAAUGCAGCCAGGAUGAUAUUGGGUCGUUCCUGUUUACUUCGGAGUCGGUGGGAGAGGGACAUCCUGACAAAAUCUGUGAUCAGAUCAGUGAUGCAAUACUGGAUGCUCACCUGCGGCAAGACCCCUGUGCCAUGGUCGCCUGCGAGACCAUCACUAAGACAGGCAUGGUUCUUGUGGCUGGGGAGAUUUCUUCAACUGCAAAUGUCGACUACCAGAAAGUGAUCAGAGACACCAUCAAACAGAUUGGAUAUGAUGACUCCUCAAAAGGUUUUGAUUACAAGACUUGCAAUGUCCUCAUUGCCUUGGAAGAACAGAGCCCAGACAUUGCCCAGGGUGUCCACACCAAACAGGGUAAGGAUUCCGAUGAUAUCGGCGCCGGAGACCAGGGAUUGAUGUUUGGCUACGCUACAGAUGAGACAGAAGAGAGCAUGCCUCUUACUGUGGUUCUCUCCCAUCAGCUGAAUGCAAAAAUAGCAGAGCUCAGGCGCAGUGGUGUGUUGGCAUGGGCCAGACCUGACUCCAAGACACAGGUUACAGUGGAAUACAAAUACAUCAAAGGAGCUGCUGUUCCUCUUCGAGUCCACACAGUUGUCAUCUCUGUACAACACGACGAGAAUGUAACUCUAGAGCAGCUGAGGAAAGAUCUGAGAGAGAAGGUGAUCAAAUCAGUCAUCCCUUCCAAGUAUCUGGACGACCGCACAGUUUACCAUCUGCAGCCCUCAGGGAAGUUUGUCAUCGGCGGCCCACAGGGAGAUGCCGGAUUGACUGGACGUAAAAUUAUUGUGGACACUUACGGUGGAUGGGGUGCCCAUGGGGGCGGAGCAUUUUCUGGCAAAGAUUUCUCUAAGGUGGACAGAUCUGCUGCUUAUGCCUCUCGCUGGGUCGCCAAAUCUCUGGUCAAGGCUGGUCUCUGCAAGCGUGUUCUUGUACAGGUUUCCUAUGCCAUUGGCAUUGCCGAACCAUUGUCAAUCACAGUGUUUAGUUAUGGGACAUCAAAGAAAUCAGAACAGGAACUCUUGGAGAUUGUCAAAAAGAACUUUGACCUCCGACCUGGACGCAUCGUUAAGGAGUUGGAUCUGCGCAAACCAAUCUACCAAAAGACAGCCUGUUACGGCCACUUUGGUCGCAAUGACUUCACAUGGGAACAACCAAAGAAACUCAUCUAUUAA